GGCGGAUUGGUUGGCAAGUGAGUUCAAGGCGCCAGAAACGAUGAUCUCGAGCGAAUCCAGCGACUCAGAGGUGGAGCAGGUGGCCCGUGCGGCCGCCAAAGUAGCACCAAGGAGGUCAAAGCGCGCUCGUGACGACGCCAAAUCCCCGAGCGAUGACGACGACGGCGAAAAGAAGCACAUGUUGAACAAAAGCCGCGACGAAAUCUUGAAAGAGCGCCAGGACCGGCGAAAGCAGAAGCGCACGGAGAAACAGGAAGCCAAGGCCGAAUUAAAGAAGGCUGAGGCUGCACGGGCCCUUGAAGAACGUCGGGCGAAGGGUCGAUUCUUCACCGUGUCCAUUGCCAUUCCCGGAUCGAUCAUUGACAACGCGCAAACGAAGGAGCUCAAGACGUACCUGGCGGGGCAAAUCGCGCGCGCAUGCGCGAUCUUUCAAGUGGACGAGAUCGUUGUCUUCGACGAUCAGCUUGGAAAGAACGCGAACAACCAGGACGCGACCAAGAAGUACAACAACCCGAACGACUGUCACGUGUUCCUCGGCCGCAUCUUGCAGUACCUUGAGACCCCGCAGUACCUCCGCAAGGCGCUAUUCCCCGUGCACAACGACCUCAAGUACGCGGGGUUGCUGAACCCGUUGGAUUGCCCGCAUCACAUGCGCGGGGAUGUCUGGAGCGAGUUCCGCGAAGGCGUUGUCGUCGACCAACCACUCAAGGAGAAGCACGGAUCCCAUGUGAACGUGGGACUGCAAAAGUUCGCCGUCAUCGACAAGCACUUGCAGCCGGGCGUGCGUGUGACCGUUCAGCUUGACGAGUCGUCCAAAGACAAGAAGAAAUUGGCAGGCACAGUCGUGUCGCCGGCCGAACCGCGCGAACAAAAGGGACUCUACUGGGGGUACACGAUGCGGUUUGCCACGUCGAUCAGCAAAGUGUGGCAGGAGAGCCCGUUCAAGAACGGAUAUGACCUCAAAAUCGGCACGUCCGAACGCGGGACCGUCUCGGUCGACGACGCCUCGUUCAGCCUGCCGUCGUUCGAGCAUGCCCUGAUCGUGUUUGGUGGGGUGUCUGGGAUCGAAGAGUGCGCGAAUGCGGACGAGACAAUCGAGGUCACCGGCGACCGCGCACACACGCUGUUCGACAUGUGGGUCAACACGUGUCCCCAACAAGGCAGUCGGACGAUCCGUUCCGAGGAAGCCAUUUUGAUUUCCAUGUCUGCUUUGCGGCCGCACUUGGUGCGAAACCAAGUGCCGCCGUGAUGCAUGCCCAUGGCAGCGUCCGUCAUCCUAGAUGCCAUGAUCACACGUAACGAAUUCCGUCCUCGACCGUUCCA